AUGUCUCCUCCACUAUUACAGUACCUCCUCUCUGGGACCCUUCCUGACCACUGUGAACCGACCUCGCCCUUCCUGACCGCCGUCUCCUCGCAUCUCCACAUCUGCAUCCCCACUCCUCUCGCGGCGAUCUCUUCCGUCCUUGGGACCCUCAGCAUAGUCUCAUGGCUUUUCGCACAACUACCCCAGAUUUAUAAGAACUACCAAGUGCAGUCGACGUCAGGCUUAUCGAUAUUUUUCUUGGUAAUCUGGUGCCUUGGUGACGCGAGCAACCUCGUUGGAGCGCUAUAUACCCGACAGGCAGGGUGGCAGGUCGUGAUUGCCAGUUAUUACGUCUUCGUUGAUAUCGCUCUGGUAUUCCAGUUUUUCUGGUACACUCAUUACAAACCUCGCCAGAAUGAUUCGUAUGACGACUUGUCACAUUCGCAUGACUCGGCUCGUCGAAACAUCAUUCAAGGCGUGCCUCCUCCAGGCCACGACUCAGACAAUCAGACCCCGGCUCCCGUCAACAUGAACAACAAGCACCCCGAGGCCAAGGAUGGGGGCUUCCAGGCCGGGUCAGCACUCGACUCGACCCAUGUGCCAACAGCGUCAUACUCAAACGAGAAAUUGAGCUCAUCGCGUCGAUCUGUAAGGUUGGGCAGUAGCAUGCAGAGCCCGCCAUUCGCACUGCCCCGGACGAUGCUCAUGGCAUCACUCCUUUGUGCCGUACUCGCAAACGCUGCCCCCACCGACAAGUCCGACACGUUCAUUUCGGAAGCACCGCGGGAGACCAUCGUCGAGAUCAUCGGCCGCGUCUUCUCUUGGAUGUCAACAAUCCUGUAUCUCGGCUCACGCCCUCCACAGCUAUACAAAAACUACCAGCGCAAGAGCACUGAAGGUCUUUCCCCACUGCUCUUCAUGGCCGCAUUCUGUGGGAACCUGUUCUACUCCAGCUCGAUGCUCACCAACCCGAAUGCUUGGUCCGAUUUCUCCCCAUAUGGCGGCGGCGGCUGGGCUGACAACCACGGCAAUAACAGAUUGGAAUGGAUUGGACGCGCUACGCCGUUCUUCUUGGGUGCAUUCGGUGUGUUGGGACUGGACGGGUUCAUGGGUGUUCAGUUUCUCAUGUAUGGCGAUGGUCCAGAGCACGAGGAUGACGAGAGUUUCAUCAGUGGCGAUGGGGAUGACCCAAAGCGCGGUCGCAGUCGCUGGAGGCAUGUUCACGGCUGGAUGCGAGGCUGGAUCCCCUCUGCUUCGCCCCGGAGGGACUCAAGGGAAUCUUCGGUUUCUCAAGAGGGACAGGCUUUGUUGGGCGCAGAGCGCGGCCGCUACGGCACUGUUUGA